AGGCGCAAAUGCGAGAUUUGGCAGGGUUUGUUGAGACAAAACAACAGCUCUUGUCUCUAAAAUCAAAUCAUCGUAUGAAUUGGAUCGGCUUUGCUGUUGCUCAUCAUUUAAACUCAAAUGCUUUAAAAGCAGUUGAAAUUCUGGAAGCAUAUGAAGGGACACUAGAAGAUGAUUUUCCUCCUGAUAAUGAACGUUGUGAACAUGGGGAAAUGCUUUUGUAUAAGGUAUUCUAAGUGGUAUCUUCUGUAUAUUG